GUGUGAAGACUUGACAUUUAUUUUUUUAUGUGCUAUAGUAAACUGUUUCUUGAAGCAGAAAUGGAAGUAAUUUCAGGAUGAGGUAGAAGCAGGAAUGUCUGGAAACUGAUUAGGUCUGAAACAUUUUGAAUACACUAUUAUGUAAGCAGUCACAGAUGGAGUAUGAUGCAAUGGAGCUGCACUCCAUUAUUUCUGAAGUGAGGGUGGAGUUACUGAUGUCAUUAAAGGAGGAGCAGUUGGAAGUAGAUAGUCCAGGGACUGAGGAAGGAGAAGUUUGUCUAAGAAAGCUGCGUAUUCUAGGUGCACUAGUGAUUCUGGGAGUUGCAAGGCCAAAAAGUGAGAAUCAUGAGCACUGAGCAAACUAUACCAGAAGGAUCAGCUGCUGCUCCUGACCCCAAGGCAGUCAAAGGGGAGUGGAAGUGUCCCCUUGGUGAUCGACAUGUCCACAGAGACGAUGUGAGGAAGGUGUGGAAAGAAUGCCAGGAGGAAAGCUUCUGGUACAGAGCCCUUCCAUUGUCUGUGGGUAGUAUGGCUGUCACUGGGGGUCUCAUCUACAAUGGUGUCUGGCAGUCAUCAAAGCGGUUUGGUCCAUUUCCAAAACUAAUUGUGGCUGGGAUCCUUGGCUAUGCAGUAGGGAAAGCAUCUUACAUUGGAACCUGCAGAAGCAAGUUCCAGGAGCUUGGCCUUGGACCUGGACCAGGAUUUGGACCAUGGUCUGAAGGUCAAAAAUUUGGGCCAUUUGGAAAAAGAGCCUGCCAACAUGUGUGUGAAGAAUGCAAGAAAACACCUCAAGCUGCACCUACAGAGGAAAUCAAACGUUAGAGGUUGCUUGGAAUAUUGAAGCACUGCCAGCAGUGGAUGUCAGUUGCAUCUUGUCUAUUACAAUAAAUGUGCACUACCUGUCUAAUACAGCCUAAACGUUGUAACUGACGUGAUACAGAUAUUCAUGCAGUUGAGAUCAUGCACAGCAUCACCACUGGGUGGAGCUGCAAUCCUUUAUUCAAAGAGCAUAAUGUACUACAUUUUUUAUCAGUAAUACAGUGAAUACAAGAAA